AUGUUACUAGAAAUCUUGUCGUACCUCCCCACUCGUGAUUCCCUAAACCUCUCGGCCGUAGCUCGUCCACUCCAUCUCAUCGCCAAGCGGCAUGCGCUCUCGGACGUGUACAUGUUUUCGGCGAUGCAGGUCCUCAAAAUCUGCGCGUAUAUGCUUGAAGACAUUGAAGAACGACUUUGCUGGGUACGCAGAUUAACUGUGUGCGUGUGGUACAACAUGUCGGCCGACACUCGAGACGACGAUGACCCCAGAGGCAUCAAACUGUCUGCACCGCAUCUGGCCGUCCUCCUUGAACACGCCCGUAACCUCACGUAUAUCUCCAUAGAUCCUGUCGAAUUAUUCUUGAAUGCCGAGCAGCGCAUAGGAGAUUCUCUUGCCGCUCUUUGCCAUCUGCAAAAGUUGCGUCUGCGUCAGAUAGGGUCCGGGGAUGAAGUUAUGGGUAUCCUUCGAAGGUCAUGUAGUAAUCUCAAGGGGCUGACCUUCGAUGACCAUAAAAAUCUAGUCAGCUUUCCGGCACUCCUUUCCAACAUCUCCGUGGGGCACAAUGUCCAAAGUCUAGAGAUGGAUUAUUAUUCAACGCGCCGUGUCCCACCCGAGCCGGUUAUGGUAUCUCAAAUUCAGCAGCCAUCAAUGCGCUGUCUCAAGCUCCCAUUUGACAUGAUAUCCAUGGACGCUUGCGUGCAGGUUUUCCCCCGGCUACGUGUCCUAGUUCUGAAAGGUCAAAGUUCCAUGUCGGGUGCUCCUGCAGCCAAGGGGGCAUGUUGGCCGAGUCUUGACUUGGUUAAAGCAAGUAUUACAGCCAUUAGACAAUGGCCGAUUACGUGCCCUGUUCACGACUUGUCAAUUGAGCAGGUCCUCGCAAAGCCCAGUAUUCAGGUUCAAUGGAACAGAUCGGAGGACGGAGAGCUAUAUAUUCCCAUCGCGCUAGAUUUAAUAGCAGCCACGUCCCCAAUAGUGCUCGAGUUGAGCAUCAUGACCUACAGCAAAUUGUCGACGUGUUUUUGGAAGAGCAUAGCCGGACCAGGGUCACGUUUGCGGUGUCUACGAAUAAGACUUUGCGAGUUUGAUACAGCCUCGGAUUUCCAUGCUAGCUUGUCCUCGUGGAUGGAUAUAGUACCCCCUAUCCUUGCGACAACUGAGUCACUCAAGUACAUACGCAUUCAUAUCGAUGGCACUAUGGUUCGGUCCGUUGGCUGUGUCAGACGUACCCAUCCGAAUGUUCCGCCAGCACCUUGUGCCAUUACUCCCAGCUUUGACACUGCACAGGAAUUCUCUGCGCGCAUUAUCAAACACAUGCCCUUCAUACGGCUUGUAUCUGUUGGAUUCCGACAUAACGAAUUCUGGUGGUGGUUGAGAUCUCUGGAUUCCCCGAGUGGACGGCCAGCGCAGCUUAUAGCACCUGACUUUGGGGAAAACAUUGCUUCGCAUCUUUGUUCCCUACAAGCCGACAUUGGGUCACCCUAG